AAAACGGUGUAUGGGGCCAACGUCAUCGUGUUUGAAGGGAUACUGGCUUUUGCGAACAAGGAGUUGCUGAAGCUCCUGGACAUGAAAGUGUUUGUGGACACGGACUCUGACAUCCGGCUGGUGCCCGACAUCAUGGAACGUGGGCGUGACAUCGUGGGUGUCAUCAAGCAAUACAACAAGUUUGUGAAGCCAGCCUUCGAGCAGUACAUCGAGCCCACCGUGCAGGUCGCUGACAUCGUGGUGCCCAGGGGUGGGGAGAACUUUGUGGCCCUGGACCUCAUUGUGCAGCAUGUGCACAGCCAGCUGGAGAAGCGUGAGAUCACCGUCAGGGCAGCUCUGGCCUCUGCCCACCAAGGGCAGCCCCUGCCGAAGACGCUGAGCGUCCUGGAGAACACGCCGCAGGUGCGAGGCAUGCACACCAUCAUCAGGAACAAGGACACGACCAGGGACGAAUUCAUCUUCUACUCCAAGCGCCUGAUGAGGCUGUUGAUUGAACAUGCCCUCUCCUUCCUGCCACUGAAGUCGGUCACUGUGGAGACACCCCAGGGGACAACGUACGAAGGAAAGCGGUUCCACAGGCAGAGGAUCACAGGCGUGUCCAUCCUGCGAGCAGGGGAGACCAUGGAGCAGGCCCUCACCGCUGUGUGCAAGGACAUCCGCCUGGGCAAGAUCCUGAUCCAGACCAACCAUGACACGGGGGAGCCCGAG